UAGACGGUAGCUGUUAGCUGUGGCUAUCAGUCGUGGGGUGUUAGAUUAUAUAGUUUAUAUAUAGAACUACUUAUAGUAUUAAUAAUAGUAUAUAGUGCAGGGUUGGUAAAAGUCUAAUUUGGCGUGAUGGGAGGGUUACAGAAGAAGAAGUAUGAGAGCGGCUCAGCUACCAACUACAUCAGCAGAAACAAAGCCCGCAAGAAGCUGAGUCUGGGUCUGGCUGAUUUCAGACGAUUAUGCAUAUUGAAAGGAAUUUACCCACAUGAGCCCAAACACAAGAAGAAGGUCAACAAGGGCUCCACAGCACAGCGGACCUUCUACCUGCUUAAAGAUAUCCGCUUCCUCCUGCACGAGCCCAUCAUCGGCAAGUUCAGAGAGUACAAGAUAUUUGUGCGUAAGCUGAGGAAAGCGUACGGGAAAGCUGAAUAUGGCUCAGUGGAGAAGCUGAAGGAAAACAAGCCUGCUUACAAACUGGACCACAUCGUAAAGGAGAGAUAUCCCACAUUUAUUGAUGCUCUGAGAGACAUAGACGACUCUCUGUCUAUGUGCUUUCUGUUCUCUACCUUUGCACGUACCGGGAAAUGCCAUGUCCAAACCAUCCAGCUGUGUCGCAGACUCAGUGUAGAGUGGAUGAACUACAUCAUCACCUCACGCUCACUCAAGAAGGUGUUUUUAUCCAUUAAGGGCAUUUACUACCAGGCAGAAGUGCUGGGACAGACCAUCACUUGGCUGGUACCUUAUCAGUUUGCACAUGAUCAUCCUACAGACGUGGAUUACAGAGUUAUGGCCACAUUCACAGAGCUCUACACCACCCUGCUCGGCUUCGUCAACUUCCGCCUCUACCAGACCCUCAACCUGACCUACCCACCUAAGCUCGAUGGGAAAGGAGAGACUGAUCUUAAGGUAGACUUUGAAGAGGACUACGCCAUGGAUUCAGAAAGCUACUUAGAGAAACUGUCAGCACUGAGUGCCAGUCUGGCCCGGGUUACCUCGACAGCAGCAGAGGAGGAAGCAGAGAUUGACCACUUCCCUGCCGAAGGGGAGGACAUGGAGAAGAUGGAGGAGAGACUGAAGGCUCAGAAGCAGGAGGACCAACACAAAAAGCUGUUUGAUGGCCUCAAGUUUUUCCUAAACAGAGAGGUGCCCAGAGAGUCCCUGGGGUUUUUGCUUAGGUGUUUCGAUGCUCAGGUAUCCUGGGAUAAAUCUCAGUGUAUUGGCAGCACAUAUGACAUCACUGAUGAGACCAUCACUCACCAUGUGGUGGACAGACCCAGCCUGGACAAACAGUACAUCAACAGGUACUACAUUCAGCCUCAGUGGAUCUUUGACUGUGUAAAUGCUAAGAUUCUGCUGCCAGUGGAGGAUUAUUUCCUAGGUGUCACACUUCCUCCCCACCUUUCACCCUUCGUAGAGGAGAAGGAGGGUGACUAUGUUCCUCCAGAAAAGCAAAAACUCUUGGCUUUCCAGAGAGGAGAGAAACCUGAGCAAGAGGAAGACGAGGAGGAGGAGGAAGAUGAGGAGGAUGAAGAGGAGGAUGACGAGGAGGAGGAGGAGGAAGAAGAUGAGGAAGAGUCUACACAGGAGGCUAGACUGAAGAAUAUGGAAAAGAAGAGAACACAGGGCAAGGCUUUAUCAGUAAAAGUGACCCCGGGUAAAGCGACCGCAGAGAACCGACAGAGACUGGAGCAGGAGGAGGAGGCCGAGGAGAAAAGGCUGGCCAUCAUGAUGAUGAAGAAGAAAGAUAAAUACCUCUACAAUAAGAUCAUGUUUGGCAAAAAGAGGAAGGUUCGAGAGGUGAACAAAAUGGCAGCCAAGAGAAAAGCGCUGGACGAGGCCAGCAAACCCGACAGAAAGAAGAAAUCAAAGAAACAGUAAAAGGCAAAUAAAACUGGACUGUGUUUUUAUCUGUUCAAAUGAUUCCCUCCGUUUAUUGGGAAGGAUGUGAUGAAUCUCGUGUCUACAUAUGAUUAUGCAAAAAAAAAAAGAAAGAAAAAUAUUCAUGGACAAAAUCAAUUAUUAUGUUUUGUCAGUGUCAACUGUGUAGAUGGAGCAUGUAUUUUACUCACACUGAAUGAUGUGUAUUAAAAUGAUCCAUUAUAGUUGGGAAAUAUAUUUUUUCACCUCCUGAGGGUGCAUUAAUCUCAAUUUUACAUUUUCAACACAAGACUGAUGUUUAUCACUGUAACUGAACGGGUUUUUCACAUUAUCAUCACACAAUCAUUUCAGUGUUUUCCUGUACAAAGAAAAAACUUUAACAGAUGAUAUACUGUAGGUCUGAGGAUGGUUGUUACCUGUCAAAUUAUAGAACACUUAAGUAACAAUAAAACAAAUGGGCACCCAGGUGGCGCAUUGGCAGAGCCUGCAGCAGAUACUAAUUGGCCACCAUAUCUGCAGGUUGGGGGCCGGAUUAUGUGUGGGUGGGUGAGUCUUCAUACGCUGUGUAAGGACCCUGAUAGGCGGAAGGGACGCACGCCUGUGCAGAAAGUAGAGUGUGCAGCGACAUGCUCUCCUCAGAUGCAAUCUGGUAUAUCUCAGCAGCGGAAGACAAAAAUUGAGUGUGCUAAAUCAGGAGGAAAAUGAGGAGAAAAUGCAUUAAAAAAAACAAUGAAACAAAGGUCUUUUUUUAUAUUUUUCCCAGUGAUUAGGUACGUUGACAUUAACUGUGAUGGAAAAUCAUUGAUGUACUGACACAUCACUUAUUUAAAUUUGAGUUCUGGUGUAAUUUCUGGGUAUUUACUGAAAUAAGUCCCAUUCCCAGUAGUGCCAAUCGAGUAGUAGAAUGUAAUGGAAGGUUUAAACAUUUAACUAAUUAAAUUACACCAUUUCUCGCCCAAAUCAUUCAUACCUGAUCCCCUUCCAAGCCUCCAGCUGUUUUCACAAAUGCCCAUCCGAUCUGAAAAUGUUCUAUUCUACUUCUUUGCAGUAAAAAUAAAAUAAUUAAGCUUCA